GCACCCUAUUUAGUGCACUACAUCCAUGAUAGGGAACGAUUUCGAACACAGCUAUGAUGAUGUCUAUGGUUUUGAGUACAUCAUCCGGGUCCUUUCGGUACUUAUUUUCGCCCGAUUUGAAUCGGAACGGCCUUCGCAUUCAAACUUAGGCUACAAGUACGGAUAGUAUGGACAUUGGAACAACUAUGUAGAAAGCACAUUGCCUCUAGCCAUAUAAACGGGGACAAACGCCGGAUAUAUACCAAUCAUAUUUCCAAAUCGAAUAAUAAUUUUAACGUAACCGUUCAAGAUUGACAGGGUGUUUCUAGGUUAAAUAUAAUAGUCAUUCAAGUACAGUAACGAAUGGCUUGUUCUUCGUUACUGUCCACCACUGGUUAAUGAUUAACAAAUCAGCUAUGUGGAUGGCUAGCUAGCCAGAAUUUUUUUAAAUUGUAGCUGGCUGUUACCAAAUGAAUGUGAAUGUGGAAACAUAUCCUCAGUGAAACAACAUAGUCCUAAAACAAUUUUGCACGACAAAGCAGCAUAAUACUUACGUUAAAAUUGCGUUCAGUUGAAAUUGACUCGUCGUCGUCGAUAACUUUUCCUUACUGCGUCAGUCCCGUUUUGGCGCCGAGUUUGUUCACCUCACUGACGUCAUUCAGAUGUUUUUUUCAGAGAAUCUUGAGGAUUGUUUGUGAAUGCUACGUUGUCUUAUAUGUAAUAAUAUACAUGUUUUUUUACACAAUUGCUUUGACGGUUAACCAAUCGGGAGAUCAGGAGGAAGGCCAAACAGGAAGCAGGGUAGCCCAGCAGUGAAACCCUAGAACCGCCAAAAUCACAGAUCAACCUCGUCAGAAGACAUGUCGGUGUGGCGCUGCAUGAUCUGUAUAAUUUUUGUGGCUUUUAGAUUGAAGAAUCUUCUUAGCCACAUUAAUGUCACACAUGGUCGUAAUGCAGAAUUUUGGGUUUUCUGUGGGAUUGAUGGCUGUGAGCAAGAGUUCAGAGUUUUUAACUCAUUUUAUCGUCACCUGAAACGAACGCAUCCCCUGUAUGUAACGUCUGGAUGUCCACCAUGUCAAUGGAGAACGACACCCACAUCCGCACCACCUUUAUUAGAAAACUUCGGCGUAUCGAUAUUUGGCAAUUCUAUGACUCCUUCCAUGGACAGCUCCAUGGAAUCAUCACCUGACCUUCUCGAACUUGGAACGCAGGACCCACCAGAGAUGCCUGAGGCCCAAUCAAGCAAUGCAGGAGAAGCUGCAGCUCCAACAUCUGUCACCGGGCCUGACAUUGCCAGAUCUGCAGCAGCUUUUGCCAUAAGUGUUCGUGAACAAUGCCACCUGUCACAGGUAAUUUCUUUACAAACAAUAUCACAGCUCAAAAUUAUGAUCGAAAAACAUUUGAAUCAAUUCAAACACCUUUUCCCUGAGAGUAAUGUAAUACCUAAGCAGCAUUACAUGUUGCAUCUACCCAGUCAAAUCAAAUCCCUUGGUCCUUUGAUAAGAUGCAUGUGCAUGCGAUUUGAAGCAAAGCACAGUUAUUUUAAGCAGUGGGCUUCAAAAUUGAAUUUUAAAAAUGUUUGUAAGUCACUAGCUAAACAUAAUCAGUUCCUUGAGUGUUGUCAGAAUGAAAUUGGCUGUGAGCAUCCUAUUUUUGCAAAUGAGAGAGAAUUAGGGCCUAUUUCCGAGGUUGCAAAUCUACAGUACAUUCAAGCUACAUUUAGAGACUUUUUGGGCAUGGAGAUUUCAGAGAAUGUUGUAUCAGUUAAAUGGCUCAUCCUUAAUGGAAAUAAAUACAUAAGUGGGAAGUCUUUGAUUAUCACUCACGUGGAUGAUCAUUUGCCUGUGUUUGGAUUGGUGAAAGGCAUUUUUAUGGUAAAUUCCUUUUUUAGUGCUUUUGAAACUAUACCAUAUGAAACCUUAACCUUUGACAAAGAUUUCUGUGCCUACAAAGUGACAAUUCCCGCUCUUGCCCAAGCAACAGAACUAGUGCAUGACCUCAUUGAUCAUACCUCAUAUUUCUCUGUUUCUUUCAAAGGAAGUGUGUUUGUCCCAAUAAAAUAUAAUCUAAGUGACAUAAUUGCUGACUGAAAUGGCCCUAGCACUUCAUGAGGUCAUUAUAUCUAUCAUUAUGUAAUAAUUGUUACUUGGUACAGAUUUUUUUUAUUUUUGAUUAUUUUUCAAAAAACGUUUAAGGAGUGGAAAUCCAUCCCUUUCGGGUUGUUCUUACUUUUGAAGAAAAAAUAAUAAUUUCAUUACUUGCCAAGUGGCAACAAAAUAUGAGGUGUCGUUUAACUCUGUUACCCUGUUA